GACUCGGAGAGGAAAGGAGAAAAGAAAACGGGGCAGGGGCAGAGAGAGAGCUGGGGCGACAUUUACACAGCGGUGCCCACCUACAUACAGCCUCGGUCACCUGGUCUACCGUUCCUUCUUGGAGAAGGAGUCGGACCGGCGAGCGGCGCAGCACGGCGUUUCUCCAAUCAGACACCCCAGGCUGGCGCCACGUACGCGACCUGAUCCAAUCUCGUCCCCAGGAGGGCGGGAACGCGAAGUUCCUACCUGCACCUGUGGCAGCUGUGGCCACCUCCUCGGUUGUUUGUUGUUGGUUUUUUUUGUUGUUUCCCCCCCCCCCCAUCUGACCCGGGGUUCUGGUUUCUCGAAUCACUUGGCGAAUAACCAGCAGGUGGGCAGAGAGAUGUCUUUUCCAGAGCAGAGGACCGACGUGUAGGCAAAUUCAAUGCACCAGAGUGAGCAGCCGAGGUCCCAUCUCCCCGCGGCUGCCGGGAACAGGCGCUAGCAGGGAAGAGGGACGCGCGCGAGAAUGAAAGGCUUACUAACCUGGAGAGCCUGCCUGGGCAUUUACCUGGGGCAGUGAGCCUGGCACCUGUUCGCCGGGCGCCCUUCGGCCGGAGCCGAACUCACCGCGAGCCCAGAACUGCCGCCACGCUGCGGCGGGCAGAAGUUAGAGGCGCCGGGGGAGACCAACAAUAGUAAUCGGCUUAGCUGGACUGCAGAGAUUUCGGCUGACACACCUUCCAGAAAGAAGCCCGACCUCCCCAAGACUGCGCGGGAGGACGCUGCGCCUGGCUUCCAGGUUGUCCCAAGUGCACCCCCUCCGUUCUCUUGGAGGCGAGGGCAACGCGGAGUCGUGGAAUCCUGGGAAACCCGAACAGGCGGCUACCUAGGCUCCCACCCCGCAGACCGCCUGCCCCACCGGGAGAGCGAGCCCUUCCGCACCCGCCGCGCCCCGGGCCCCUCGGCCGGCCGGCCAUGGCCCACAGCGGCGGCACCGGCAGCUCCGGGCCCUGGUGGAAAUCGCUAACCAACAGCAGGAAGAAAAGCAAGGAAGCCGCGGUAGGGGCACAGCCUCCCGCGCAAGCCGCCCCCGGGGAGCCCGCGCCGCCCGCGCCGCCCAGCCCGGACUGGACUAGCAGCUCCCGGGAGAAUCAGCACCCCAAUCUCCUCGGGGGGACCGGCGAGCCCCACAAGCCCGACAAGUUGUGCGGAGAGAAAUCGGGCGGCAACCGCCGCAAUUUGAAGAUCUCGCGCUCCGGCCGCUUUAAAGAGAAGAGGAAAGUUCGCGCCACUCUGCUCCCCGAAGGAGUCAGGUCCCCGGAGGAGGCGGACUUCCCUGGUGACCCGCACGGCGACACGCAAUAGCCAGAGGGCUCCAGGACUGUGUCUUCCCACCACUCCUCUCUACCCCCAGUUCCAAACCCGAGAUUUCUGGCCCGCCCCAAUACCCAGUGUCUCAUCCCACCAACUUCAGAAUAUUUACACAAGGCCUCCACGAUUUUAUUUUCCUGGAAAUCGAAGUGUCCACUGAGUUUUCAAUAUUUCAUGACUCAAGGAGGCAUUGAGUAUUUAUCUGUGGUAAGAGAAUAUACCUGCCACAGAGGAAGUUGGCAUAAUUAUUUUUUCCCCAAAAGUUCUCCCGUGGCCUCCACCCCUUGUUCCGCCUGGGGAGUGAGAAGGGUACUUCUCUGAGUUGGUAACCCAGCUGGGACUGCACAGCCCCUCAAAUGAGGAGGCCGUGCUUUGAUUCAGGACUUGCUAUUGGAAAGCAAAUUAACGCCAGAGAAAUGCACUUUAGACGUACUUGGUAGACUCAGACCUUAAGUGAAGGGACAAGAGAGGGCAGGAAACCUUAGGUAGAAGCAUUUUUAAGUAAGGCAAGAUUGCUUUUAAUAUUGAACUACAAAACUGUACUGCCUAUUUUAGUGUGGACUAUUAAAAUUG